AUGGCGUCUCAAAACGAGAUUGCCGACCAACCCAUCGUGGGCUCACAGCCAUUGGCUCAUCACAAGGACACAUUUGCGUUCAGCACAAAAACAUUCGAUGACUGGAAGGCCUCCCCGCUGCCAUCCAUAAGUCUGCCCGAACCUUCUGGUCCUCGGUCUAUCAAGUUUCUGAAGUUUAGCGGGGUCGAGAUACGUUCGAGCGUUGUGGACUUCAAGCUGUCUCCCGAUGAACCUUUGGAUAUGAAUGCGGUACCGGAUGGCUACGCUAUUCUCAAGGUCACUGGGCGGUGUCCGAUGAAGACCCAGGUACUCCAAGUCCGCAUGAAGACAGUCUCCGACGCGUCGAUUCGAUGGGCACAUGAAUUCAAAAACCCCCCCAACCAGCGAGCCUGGGAGAUUCAUGCACGACCUGAGUUCAUAAGCGAUCUCAUGACGAUUCUCCAUUCUGGUUUCUUGCCUUUUGGUCCACGCAGAAGUUGCCAGGACAUUCUCGCUCUGUGCUACCUUGCCCGGCAGCACUUCAUAAUGGACAGAGUCAGACGAGUCCUGAAUACGUUACUGCAUGCCAGUACAGCCAUGACCAACCAAGAGUUAUGGUACAUGGUCCUCGCAGCACAGCCACUUUGCUGUGACAACCAGAAAAUUGGCCAUCUUGCAUUCAACAUCUUGGUCUGGCGGCAAGCAGGCUCCUUCUACCCCCUCCGCGAGACUCAAUUCUUGGAAGGGGACCACCUGUUCCACUAUGAAGAGAGCAAACUCAUCGCGGAUAUGGAAGAGCAUCGGCACUCAUUCACCCUUCAGCUUUGUGAGGCGGCGAGCAUGAUUAACCCGAGUCUGCUGCGGACCAUCUUCCUCCGCCCAGGCAAAGAUCGGUCGCUGUGGGAGAAGUUCACCUAUCUGCAGCACUUUUGCCAUCUGAAGUUCCCCAAACUCCCACUCGGAAGCGGAGAGUGGUCCUUUGAGGCUGUUCUCAACCAAGAAUCCCUCCAGAUGGCUGUCGUCAGGGAUGACGUUAUCGACGGAUCUCAUCACUUGUACGGGGAGAGACUCUGGUCCGUGCUACGUGACAUCUGGCUUCACAUUGCUCAGAUUUCCAACGAAUACAUCCUCUCGUAG